UAAGCCAAGUUUGGUCCUGAAGCCGUCCGCGGCCGAACAUGUUCAGCAGUGAAAAGUAGGUAGGACUAAUUAGUGAGUCUAGGUACCUCCGACCGUGCGGUUUUACGUAUGGGUAAUCAUGGUCCCCACCCCCAGCUUUCUCUCUUCUCACACCCACUCUCUUCCUCUCUCUCUCCUCGUCCAAUUCCUCUGGUUUCUUAUCCCUCUCUGUUUCUUCUACCUUACGGGUUGUUUCCAGCCUUUCAGGCCCUCCCGUAGCGCCAGUCUAAAAAGUCGCCACCGCCCAACCAACGGGACCGGAAGUGGUUUUUCACUAAGGAGGCCUGGACGGUCUAGAGGCAGAAAUGUUGGGGAGGCUAGUGAGUAUCAAGCUAGUACUAAAAGUCAGUCAGUCUGUGGGUGGUAUCUAGCGAUCGGUCGGCCCAUUAACUAA